UGUGCGUCCGGCCGGUCAUGGCGGCGCACCCCCGCUUAUAAUCAACCAGCCUUUUCGUGCUACCGUGCAUGUCUCCACCCACGCCACGCCCACCCAGGUGCUCUGCUCUACACGUCGGCCGAACCCAGCCCAACUUCCAUUUCUUCUUCCCCCGGCCAGAAAACGCGUACCCUGCGGAACUCUGGUGCACCUCGCGUGGACGAUGGGGGAGGUGGGCGGCGGCGACGGGGCGGCGAUGAGGAGGGCGGUGAGGCGGCUGAGCCUGGGCGCGGCGACGGAGGGCGAGUGGGCGGAGGCGGCCGGGGAGGUCGGGAGGCUGGCGCGGUCGGACGAGCGCACCAAGCGCGCGCUCCCGGAGCUCGGCGUCGUGCCGCCGCUCGUGUCCAUGCUCGCGGACGCCGGGGCAGGCGCCGGUGCGCGGCUGGCCGCCGCGCGGGCGCUGCUCGAGCUCGCCAGAGGAACCCACAGAAACAAGGUGCACAUAGUGAAGGCCGGCCUGCUCAAGAAGCUCCCACGACUCAUGGACCUGUCGGGAAGCCACGACCUCGCCCUGCUCCUCCUCUCCGUCUCCUCGCUGGCCAACACCGACUUCCCGCUCUCCACGGCCGACCUCCUCCCGUUCCUCGUCGCGACGCUCACCCCCACCGACGUCCCGGCCGACACGAGGCUGGCGUGCCUGGCCGCGCUCCGCAACCUCUCCGCCAAGCUCGAGCACGUCCGGGCCGUGGUCACCAGCGGCGCCGUGCGCGCGCUCCUGGCGCCCUCCCUGCUGGAGCGUACCGAGGCGGUAGCGGAGGCGGCGCUCGGCGUCCUGGCGGACGUGGCGGCGGCGAGCGCGGCGGGGAGGCGGGAGAUGGCGGAGGACGAGGAGGCGCCGAGGGCGCUGGUGGAGGCCAUGGCGCGGCACGAGAGCGCGGGGUGCCAGGAGGACGCGACGUACCUGGUCAUGGCGCUCGCGCACGGCGGCGGCGGCGGCGGCCGGGCGCUGCUGCGGCGGAUGCGCCCGCUCGGGGCCGUGCAGGCGCUCCUCGAGGUGUCGCUGCUCGGGAGCCCCCUCGCGCGCAGCAGGGCGGCCAAGAUCCUGCAGUGGUUCAAGGACGACGGGCAGGACCGGAUCAGGGCGCACUCCGGCCCGCGCAUGGAGGCCGCAGCGCCGCCGGCGUGCCAUGGCAACGACGGCGGUGCCGACGGGACGAGGGCUUGCCGGAGCGCCGUGGACAGGAUAGUGAAGCAGAGCCUGGACAUGAACAUGAGGUCCAUCAUGCGGCGAGCCACGGCGUCCGUCGACAUGACCAACGCUAAGCAGCUGGUGGCCAGCUCCAGCUCCAAGAGCUUGCCUUGCUGAACAAUGUGCAAAGUGCUCAGUUCUCCUUGUAUGUUUCUUUCUAGUUUGUCAAAAUUUGCCACUGAUUUUCAUGUUAGCGUGUAAAUUCAGAUAGCUACUCCCUCCGUUCCUAGAUACAAGUUUUUUUAGAGUUUUUUAUAUGCAUUACAUACGAAUGUCUCUACUCUUACAAAAAACAGAGUUGAUGAUGA